UAGCCCCGGUGUGCGCGGGCACGUGUCAGAGCCUGAAUCACGAAUCAAGCCAGAAUCAUGUUCACUCCAUCUUUCCUGUGCUCGAAUAGUCCAGUCUAAAUACAGAGGAUCUGCUGUGAAACGCGUCGCGUCGCAUCCGAGUCUCGCGUCGAAACAUCCCCAUGGCUGUGGAAACGCGCGCGCGCCGGGAUGAUGACGCGCGAUCAGGAGGAGCGAUCAGAAGUGCAACGGCUCAGAAGCGGCUCAGAUCUGGACCAGCAGCAUCGGAACCUGAAGAGCCCGAGCCGGACCGUGCGAUCUCUGCGCCGUCGGUGUCGCUCGCGGUUCUGGAGGAUCGCGGAUUCGAGGCAAACCAGGAUCGUGUUCCAGGAUCUAUAAGCAGGACUCGUGAUGCUGUGUGUUCUUCUGCUGGUUCUGCACUGGACGCUGGUCUCCUCGAGUUCGUCCACUAGUGCUGCCCUGCAGGAGGAUGGCACCAGGCCGUUCAUUCACCGCUGUCGAUCGCCCAACAUGGUGGACUUCAGCUGCUGGUGGCGCCCCGUCGAGGAGCAGGACAACAUCACCCACACGCUGCAGUACAGCACGGGCGGCGACGCCCCUCGGGACUGUCCCGACUACACCAGCAACGGCUCCAACAGCUGCUUCUUCGACAGCAAACACACGCAGAUCUGGCAGAUAUACUGCAUGACGGUGACGGCGCACACGACCUCGGGCCCGCGGACCUCGCCGAGACACUGUCUGGACGUGGCCGAUAUAGUGCAGGUCGACCCGCCCUUUAACCUGUCCUACAUCAUGCUGAACGAGAGCCACUGCGAGUCCUGCCGCUCCGUCACGCUGUCCUGGAUGUUCCCCAUCGCGUAUCUGGUGCGUGAGGGAUGGAUUACUCUGGUCUACGAGCUGCGCUACAGAAACCUCGCUCAGCCCGACACAUGGAAGGUGAAGGAGCGUUUGCAGGAGCCUCAUGUUGAUUUGUUGGGUCUGCCGGUGGGGAAGUACGAGCUCAUGGUCCGGUGCCGGUCCAGAAACAGCAAACACUGGAGCGUCUGGAGCGAGGCCAUCACCAUCAGCGUCGUCGGCAAAACCCUGUCCGAUCGCUUGUUGGUCUUCAUCCUGCUGACCAGCCUCAGCAUCAUGGUCUUCCUCAUCAUCGGGUUCGGGUUUAUUCCACAAGGAAAGAGAAUCAAAGCGUUCCUCUUACCGCCGAUCCCCAAACCGCACAUCCGUGGGCUGGAACCGGCGCUGCUGAAGAAUGGGAAGCUGGAGGAGAUCAAUCGUCAUUUCUCCAGUUUUCACGGCUAUAAGUCUCCUCAGUUCUCCAUCGAGACGUGGUAUCAGGUGAGCGUGGACUCGGGUCCGGCCCUGACGCCCAACAGCUGCCCGUCUCACUGCGAGCCAAAGCCCGUCACCGGCCCCGAGGGACCGCCGGCCCUCCAGUCGAGCUCCAGUCCGAACCCGUACUGCCUCAGUGGCCCCGCCUCCUACUGUGAGGUAGCCACGCCCCCUCCCGAACCUGGCCACGCCCUCCCCGAGCUCUUCGCGGUCCCAGGUGACUUCUACACGUGUGUGACUGGCGUGACGGCCAGCGGGCAGCUUCAUCUGGUGCCUCACCUGCCCAACAUGCUGAAACACACACACACACCCUACGUGCAGUUUAAGGAGGACGUGGGCAAGACCUGCCAGCUGGUGGCGCUGUUGGAGAAGCAGAAGGAGGAGCUGCAGGACACCGACCCGAGCGAAGCCGCCAUGCCUUUAAUACCUCAUUCAUCAGACUGAGCAAACCAGCAAACACUCAGGAUCUGCAGCGCACAAUCACACACACACACACACACACACACACGCACACACAUGUUCAUUUAGCGGUACUUGUGGGGAAUCCGGAGAGACGGAACGGUUUUUAUACUGAACAAACUGUAUAUUCUGUCCCCUUACACUAACCUUACCCAUCACACACACACACACACACACACACACUAACCCGACC